GGAGCGAUGCUCCAUGGAGGAGAGGGAGCGAUGCCCCAUGGAGGAGAGGGAGCGAUGCCCCAUGGAGGGGAGGGAGCGAUGCCCCAGGUGCUGCCUGCUCCCUGCCCCAAGGCUGCCCCAGCUCCGGCUGCUCGCUGAGCUCCCCUCCAUCCCCGCGCUGCCCCGCAGUCGUGGCGUGGGCUGGACCUGGACCAUAACGAGGACCAUAACCUGGACCAUAACGAAGCGUCAGGGCAGGUACAGGAGCGACGAACCACAUCACCCAUUGGGAAAACCCAGCAUCAUCCCAUUGGAGACCCUCACCCAACCCCUUUUGCAUGUUCCGGAAAAACCCCUCUUCCAUCAUCUCCGCAAAGACCCCGAACUCUGCAGGAAGUGGGAGCAGCUAGUUCCUGGAGCCGGGCGAGAAACUGCCGCCUGGGCGUGCUGCGUAGCCUUGCACAAUUCCUGGGGUUAUUGCCCCGAAGGAAACAGGAGGGUGUCACGGAUUGUAGCUCAGGGAGGGUAUAAAAGAUCCCUCACCUCCACCGCUCCUCACUACUUCUGCCCGCUCCUCUCCUCCCGUGCACCGCCAUCUCCAGAAGUCAGCCCCAGCACUCCUUGUAGCAAGAUGAAAUCAUGCCUGGAGCUCGCCUUGGAGUGCGUCGUUGGUAUCUACCACCAGUAUGCUGUAAGGUGGCCAAUAGAUGACUACCUGAGCAGGCGCGAGUUCUCAUUGCUGCUGAAGGAGACUGCCCAGCCCUUCCUCUAUGACACCAAACCGCCUAACAUGACCUUUGAUGACUACAUCAACAAGCUCUUCAUCAGAGCAGACCGCAACUGCGAUGGUCGCCUGAAGUUCACAGAGUUCCUAACUACGUUGAUUCUUAUAUACAUUGACGCCCACAAUAAGUCCCAUCAGCAUAUCGGAAUCCUUGAUGAGCAUCAAGGUGCUGGUCAUGACCAUGGCCAUGACCAUGGCCACGACCAUGGCCACGACCAUGGCAAGUGAAGGGGUUCCCAGGGUGACUGCGCCCAUGGGACUGUACUCUUCCAGCAGCACAAUCCCUUCCAUUUGCCUACGGACACAGACAAACCUGUGACCAAAGCUUUGUCAUCUGCUUCUGCCUAUGGCACCGAAAUAAAAUUUCUUUC